UGGGACCCUAGAGGCCGGCGCUGCCGGCCGGGGGCGCCGCGGACUCGGGCACGUUAGCGGCCGCUCGCUCGCUUGCCGCCCGCGCCCGGGCGCUGUUUACUAGCGAGGCCUGGACGUGACUCUGCAGCCCUCUUGGAGUAGGCGGACCUCGGCGCGCCGCCUCGCGGGAGCUGUAGUUCCCCGAGCCCCGCCGGCGCGGCAUUGUGGGAGAUGUAGGCGCGCCGGGGCCACGCUUUCCUCGCACAAAGCUCGGCUCCCGCGAGCUGGAUGGGCCCGGCAGGCCCGGUGGAGGCGCCUUUUGGGGAGGGGGCAUCAGAGGCUGCCCUUGGCCUCACAAGGCUGCUGCCUUCCACACGCCGAUCUCGGCUGCAAACUUUCCCAUCCACACCCCUUCCCCCCCCACACACCCCCACCCCUAGUCAGAAACCGAAACCGUUCAGUCUCCCAGCAGUGUGGGUGUGUGAUUCCAGGUCCUCGGCCCUCCCCAGGAGCCACUUUCCAAGUUUGGUCCGGGUUGUUCCAGGUCCACCCUUUACCAAAGGGUGAUGGGUGCGUGUGCCACUCGCAUUCCAUUUCCCUGGACACUGGUUAAAAUGCACAUGUCCGGAACUCUGAUGGCCAGGAGAAGGGCUUGGGCGUCUGCACUGAGCACUGCCUGCGGGACACGGCAGUACAGCGGCUGGGGCUCUUCUGUGUGCCCAAGUGUGGGAUCUGCAGCCCCUGUAUGGCCUUGCUGCUCCGGGAGCGAAAUGGCUCCCUAGGGCUGGGGCCACGUGCUUUGCCGCCCUGGGCAGGCUGGGCGGGGAUUGAGGGAGGAGGAGCCGAGGGCGGUGUGGCCCAGGCUGGUGGACACCAGGGGCUGCAGAAAUGAGGUUGGGGACGGUUGCGGCUCAUGUAUACACGCACCCCACCCGCCUCAGGGUUUCUACCUUAACAAUUCUCAAGUUCAGGGUGGUGGGCAGCCAGAGGGGUGGUCCUUCCAGAAGGUCUACCUGGAGGACCUAGCUGUAAUAAGAAAAAAAAAAUUCUGCUGCUCUUAAUAUGUUCUAGGGAUUCGUUUUGCUGGAUUUUUCUCAUUGGAUUUUCACAAUCUUCCUCCUGAGUUUGGGAGCCUUGUGAUUGCUGUGUGGCAUGAGGACACAAGCUUGAGAAGCAAACAGUUACAGCAAGUGGUGGGGCUGGAACUUGAACCCUGAUCCCGGAGACCUGUUCCGACCGGGAAGGGCUGGGCACUGGGGAGGUGGGGUUGAGCUGCUCCAGAUGCUGUUUGGGCCUGACCCUGGUACAGGCCUGGUACAGUAGGGACCUCUGGCCACCAGGCCUGGGUCUUAGUUGAAUCCUCUCUUGGCCUCCUAGGACUCUGGUUUCACUCUGUCCCUGUCCCAAGCCCCACUUUAGGGGAGUCCAGCAGUCCCCAGGGGCCAAGUGCCAUGAGACUGCCUAUCUGUGAGACGGUUGUAAGCCCAUGUGCUGGGUGUGGAGUUGGGGCCUCUGGGUUUGUUCCUUUUCAGAAGGAGCUGUGGGGUGAGGUGGGAUCAAGUGUGUGGGUGGGGCGGGACCUUUUGGUUGUGUGGACUGGCUUCUCAAGCUGGUGGACUUUGUUCCAUCCCUCGGUGCCUGAAGGGCCUCCUGUCUCUCGCAUCCUUCUCCCAGAUCUACUGGAGGGGGCCGUACUGCACACCUUGCCAACAUUCCACUGACCCCUGAGACGCAGCGGGACCAGGAGCGGCGGAUUCGGCGGGAGAUCGCCAACAGCAACGAGCGGAGGCGCAUGCAGAGCAUCAACGCGGGCUUCCAGUCCCUCAAGACCCUCAUCCCCCACACAGAUGGAGAGAAGCUCAGCAAGGCAGCCAUUCUCCAGCAGACGGCGGAGUACAUCUUCUCCCUGGAGCAGGAGAAGACCAGGCUCCUGCAGCAGAACACACAGCUCAAGCGCUUUAUCCAGGAGCUGAGCGGCUCAUCCCCCAAGCGGCGGCGGGCAGAGGACAAGGAUGAGGGCAUCGGCUCGCCGGACAUCUGGGAAGACGAGAAGGCAGAGGAUCUGCGUCGGGAGAUGAUCGAGCUUCGGCAGCAGCUGGACAAGGAGCGCUCGGUGCGAAUGAUGCUGGAGGAGCAGGUGCGCUCGCUGGAGGCCCACAUGUACCCAGAAAAGCUCAAGGUGAUUGCACAGCAGGUGCAGCUGCAGCAGCAGCAGGAGCAGGUGCGGCUGCUGCACCAGGAGAAACUGGAGCGGGAACAGCAGCACCUGCGGACCCAGCUGCUGCCCCCCCCGGCCCCCACCCACCACCCCACAGUGAUCGUGCCGGCGCCACCCCCUCCCUCCCACCACAUCAACGUCGUCACCAUGGGCCCCUCCUCGGUCAUCAACUCUGUUUCCACGUCCCGGCAAAAUCUGGACACCAUCGUGCAGGCGAUCCAGCACAUCGAAGGCACCCAGGAAAGGCAGGAGCAGGAGGAGGAACAACGACGAGCCGUCAUCGUGAAGCCAGGCCGCAGCUGCCCGGAGGCCCACGCCUCCGACACUGCCUCCGAUUCGGAGGCCUCGGACAGCGACGCCAUGGACCAGAGCCGGGAGGAGCCAGCAGGGAAUGGGGGGCUUCCCUGACCACCCCCCAGCCCUCCUCUCCCCUCUUGGAGCUGGAGGGGGCCGGGGGGCAGCUACAGGGAGCAAACGCAGGUGAACGAGUGAGGAAUUUUUACAAAAUUACAACGUCAUUUGGGUCUCUUUUAUGACCUCUUUUUCAAUACUGUAAAUCGACCUUUGAGUGAAGCCACCCGACCUGAGGUCCCCGGGGGCUGGGGUGGCAGGGGCAUGUUGGGAGCACCGGGACACCUGGGGCUGGGCCUCGCCCCGGAGGCUGGGGGAAGCUGACACAGGUGCCUGGCCUCUCUCCGCCAAAAAGCAUUUUUUCAUUUAAACAUGUUUUUAAGAACAGGGAAAAAUCAAACAAAACCCCAAGGUAUGCUGCCCUCCCCAGAGCCAGCCCUAGACCGGCAGUUUCUGACUCCUUCCCUCCUCUUUUUGUUUUUUUCCUUUCUCCUUUAAGCACUUACAUGGGUUGGGGGUCUGGCUGGGUCGGAGCUCUCUGGGGACCCCGGGGGUCUAUGUUGCUUCUCGGUUGGGGUUUGCUGCUGCCCUUCUCCCCUCCCCUCCCGGCCUCGGCUCAGCUCGAGGAUUUCCCCACCACCACCCAGCCCCACCCCUCCCUCCAGGUUUCCCAUCUUCCACCCCAAAAAUGUCUUUGUCUCUCUCUUUUUGUUGUUUGUUGUUGGUUCCUUUUGGUUUUGGUUUUUUUUAUCUUUUUUUUUUAUUUUUUUUUUUUUAUUUUUUUUUUUAAACAAUUUUGAGGUCUUUGUGUUCAAGGAGAAGCUAUUAUAUUUUGUUAAGAAAGUGGGGGGAAAAACCAAGAGGCCACCGUGCCUUUAUAAAGAAACAAAAUAAAGUUUGUACUUUGUUUUUUA